CCCUCCGCCUGGGCGGAGCCGGCGCGGGAUCCGGGUGUCAGUGUUGGCAACGCCGGCAGCUGUGGGGCGAGGGUCGCAGCCCUGUGCGGGGCCGUAGCAACUUCGUGGGCGGAUCCUGGUGUGCAAGGCGGGACCCGAGGAUUCCACUCUUUGACAUCAGGAUUUCUGGUCUCCCCUCCAAGCAGAUCCCACUGAGAUGGCAUCCGCUAGUGAGCCCCCUGCCAGCCCAAGGGAUGCUGCUGACCAGAACUUUGACUACAUGUUCAAACUGCUCUUGAUCGGGAACAGCAGCGUGGGCAAGACAUCCUUCCUGUUCCGCUAUGCCGAUGACUCCUUCACCCCUGCCUUCGUGAGCACAGUGGGCAUCGACUUCAAGGUCAAGACGGUCUACCGACAUGACAAGAGGAUCAAGCUACAGAUUUGGGACACAGCAGGCCAGGAGCGCUACCGGACAAUCACCACGGCCUACUACCGCGGAGCCAUGGGCUUCCUGCUCAUGUAUGACAUCGCCAACCAGGAGUCCUUCACCGCGGUGCAGGACUGGGCUACGCAGAUCAAAACCUAUUCCUGGGACAAUGCCCAGGUAAUCCUCGUGGGGAACAAGUGUGACCUGGAAGACGAACGGGUCGUACCUGCUGAGGAUGGCCGGAGGCUUGCCGAUGAUCUUGGUUUUGAGUUCUUUGAGGCCAGCGCCAAGGAGAAUAUCAAUGUGAAGCAGGUGUUCGAGCGCCUGGUUGACAUCAUCUGUGACAAGAUGAAUGAAUCCCUGGAACCCAGCUCCAGCCCAGGCAGCAAUGGAAAAGGCCCAGCCCUUGGGGAUACCCCACCCCCACAGCCGAGCAGCUGCAGCUGUUAGGUUCAGCCCCUUACCUCUCCACACCUGUCCCUUCUUGCCUCUUCAAGGACAGCAGCCAAGGUGUGAGCUAUGGGGACUGUCUCUCAGCUCAGGGCACCCUUGCCUCUGGGCCACUUCCCACUCCUCUUGCACAAGUUCAUGUCCCCUUCUCUCCAUGUCAGAAUGCUCAGACAGUCCUGGUUAGAGCCCACACACCCCGGGCUCUGCUCAGUAUUGUCUGAGGGGUUGGGGUACCCAUGCAGGUGCUUGCUGCUUCCUACAGCAUUUUGAUGGAGGUAGCUGUGGCGGCAUUGCCUUCCCUGAGUGAGAGAGGGGAUGUUCAUGCCUUCUGCCUUAGAACCAUUUCCCAGGUCUACUCUUCAUAUCACUGGCUGAAGUUGUCACCUGGCCUGGGUCGCUGUCCAACUUAGUCCUGGCAGCCUCUCUAUCUCAGGUCCACCAGUUUGGCCUUGAAACCUGCCUGUGAACUGACUGCUAGCCAAGGACACAGGCAGGGCUGCAGUCUCCAUCCUCUGCCUCCCUGGCAUCUCCUGGAAGGGAAAGCCUCUUUUCUGGUUAGAGAAGGGACAGAGUCGGAGCCACCCCUGGCACCGGGAACUCUCCAAAGUGCCUCCCAAGCUUCCCGUGAGUCUAUCCACUCAGUGUGGGUUAAUCUGCUCCCAGAAUUAAAUUUUGGAGUAUUCCAGGACCUGUCACAUGGGGCAGAGAAUCGCCCACCCUAGCAGUCCAGCUUUCUGUCAGUUCACCUCAGAGCCAGGGAACUGAGGCUGCCUGCCCAGGCUCCCAUCUGUCUGCCUGGUGGUGGCUUAAGCAAGAGCUUUACAAACCUUACAUCCUGUGUAGAAACGGAAGUGGAGAAAGCAGCCCACAGAGGGUGUGCCCUUGCUGGUCAGUUUCUUAUGACAGGAUUUGGGCUUCUCCACAUGAGGACUCUUGUGUAGACCCAGUGUCAGCAUCAUGGCCAACAUCAGUUGCCCAGGGACACUGGGGUUGUGGGGAAGGACUGGGGAGAAGGCACUAGUGGGCAACCCAGUGUUUCUGUUUGUCCAUCAUGGGAGCAAGAGUCCUUCCUAUGAAUUACGGAUGGGCUGUGAGUUGUGACUGCUUUCUCUACAAAGCUUGGGACGUAGCCCCUAGGAUCCUGGGUUCUAUUUCUAUUCACUGACCAGACUCCCCUAAACACUAUCUGACAUUUCAUGGUCCAGGUGACAGACGCUCUGUGCCACACGCCCCUGACUCUGUAUGGGGGGUGGAGUGUACUCCUUCAGCCCCCACAGCCAGAAUCACUUCUGCAGCCUUCCUGAGCUCAGCACCCUCCCAGACUGUGUAUGACCUACAGUGCCUGGUUCAGAUGUAUUUCUAGCCCUGCCAGUGGCUGUCUUUGUACAGAUUGGACAAGCAGAGUGAAGGCAUCUGAACACUUAGAGGAAAGACUCAAUUUUUAAAAAUGUUGCUUUAUCAUUAAAUAGUCAAAAUGGUAAAAAAAUUAUGUUCUUCAGAUUCAGCAACCUGCAGGCUGUUGUGGUGGUGAAAAAUUUUGAUCCCAGCAUUCUGGAGGCAGAGGCAGGUGGAUCUCUGAGUUCGAGACCAGCCUGGUCUACAGAGCAAGUUCCAGGACAGCCAGGGCUACGCAGAGAAAACCUGUUUUGAAAAACAGAAGGAGAGAGAGAGCAAGAGAGAGUGAUGCAGCUAGUCUGGAAGGAACCUAGAACUAGCUCUCUCGCUAGCAUUUGCCUACUGUUACGCACAGGGUCCUGGCUUGAAGACCCAGCACUUCACAAACUCGGCACGUGCUCCAGGGAUGUCGUCAUUCUAGUAGAGGCAGGAGGAUCAGAAGUUUGGAGUCGUCUUUGAGUACCACCUAGGAAGUUUGAGGCUACCCUGGAGCUCUAAGAGGCUGACACAGGGGGCGGGGGCGGGAGGAAGGCCUGUCAAAGACUCCAUGGACCAGUCAGGUCAUUCCCAAGCAGAGUCGUGGAGAUCCUGCCUGUAGUUGGCUAAGGCCGGUCCUGACAUUUUAUCUUGGACUUAGUCUCGGCUUCCUGUUGCUAGAAGAGGCUCCUUCAGUUCUAUUCUGAAUACCCACAGAGGAAACCACCUUGUGGUUUUCUUACAACUGGGGAUUUGGCUUGGUGGUAUGGCUCAUCUGAAGACACUUGCCACCAAGCCUGUUGACCUGAGUUAGACCUCGGGAUCCAUGAGGUAGAAGAAGAGAAAUGAGCCCUUUAAGCCACCAUCUCCCCUCCACGGUGAGCAAGGGUGUGUGCACAGUCAAUGUCAGACAAAAAAAAAAAAAAAAACUGUGAAACUGAAUAAUGUGGAAACCUUGUUGUUUCUUCUGAUGAAAGGUGAUUGAACCUUUUGAUUCUUCCAUUAGGUUUUACAGAGGAUGGGUGAGGGGUCACUAAGUGAACAGGAGCUGCCGUCUGUGCAGAUGGCCGAGAGGGGCAGGAGCCUGCUGGGUUUAUAAACAGAAGCCACGCACAGGGCAUGGGGAAUGCUUCUCUGCAGGAGACUCGGGAGUAGCCAGCCUCUGGAGCCUUAUCCCCCUGUCCUCCCAGGGAGGAGUGGCCAUGGCUUUGGUUUUUCUUAUUCUUAUUUAUGGGUCUCAUGCUGUAGACCAGGCUGGCCCUGAACUCACAAAGAUCCACCUGCCUGUGCCUCCUAGUGCUGGAAUUAGAGGCAUACAUCAUUAUGUCCGGCUGACAUUCUUGCCUGCUACAUGGUGCAAUUAUAGGUCGCACCACCAUACUCUGAUGCAGUGCUAGGGAUGGAGCCCAGGACUUCCUGCAUGCUAGGCAAACAUUCUACCAACUGGGCCUUGGCCCCAUCCUGGUCUCUGUUUCCACGUGCUGAUUCUGCUCCUGGCUCCACGAUAGCAAUUCUGAAGCAACACUGAAUCACCUCUGGCCUGGCGCUGCCUAUUCUCCCUGUUCUCCAGUCCAGGAAAAACGUGUAUAAUAAAGGAAGCUGCCAUGCCUGUGCAUUGCA